AUGGACUUUAUUCCUGCCUCCCUUUCCCGCCUGCCUCCUCUCACGGACCUUAUCCUCCUCAACCUUCACCUCCAGCAUAUGCCUGUCGACAUCGCUCUCCUCCCACGCCUACGCACUCUCAGGCUAGACGUUGGAAUUGCCGUGCACCUGCGUCCCUCUGAAUACCUCGCCACCACACUCAAGGUCCUCACGCUUCAAAGGGCUGGAACUUUGCAAUCUUUGCCCGAGGAAUUCGGGCAGCUGACUGCCCUGGAAACUCUGCACUUGGUUAAGCUUCAGCAGCUGAACAGCCUGCCAGCAUCGCUUGGCAACCUGACGAGCCUCAAGGAGCUGAAAAUAGACUCAUGCAGCCUGCUGGCACAGCUUCCAGACUCCCUCACUCUGCUAACUUCCCUCGAACUGCUGGAAAUCAGUCACUGUCGCAAGCUGACGGCGCUACCGCAGGGCAUGGGGGAUGGUCUGCAUAGCCUGCGUGGACUGAUUCUGCUCGCAUGCACUGCUCUCACCCACCUCCCUCCAUCCUUCUCCAAACUCUCUGCCCUCGAAACCCUGAACUUGUGUCAUGCACACAGCUUACGAGGCGCGCUACCAGGGGGGUUCUCCCACUGGACAAGCCUCAAGGACCUCUCUCUCUCCUCCCUGCCACACCUGCCCGCCCUGCCCGCCUCCCUCCCUGCCAUCGCUUGCGCUCUCACCAGCCUCGUGGUCGUCAGAUGCCCGCUAUUUGAGGCGCUGCCAGAGGAAAUCGGACGGCUGGGAUCGCUCGAAACACUCCAGCUGGUCGAUCUGCCCAAUCUGAAGUCGCUCCCUCGGUCGCUGUGGCAGCUGGAGCGGCUGAAGUCUCUGGAAUUGAGUUGCUGCAGCGCGCUGGAGUUGCUGUUUGGGGAUGCACACAUGGGCGAUGCACACACGGGAGCUGCCGGGCAAGAGCUUGGGGGGAGAAUCACCUGCCGUGAGUUACCCGGUCACACUGGUAGCAGCAGUGGCACUGGCAGCUGUGGGGGAUCUGAGGAGAGUGACAAGAGACUGUUGCUUCCCUCCCUUGGCCACCUCAAGAUUGAGAAGCUUCCCCUGCAGCAGCUCAGUCCAUCGCUGGGCUCCUUCCUGUCGCUAACCAAGCUGGAAAUCCUGCGACUGGAUCGCCUCCGCUCGCUGCCAGAUUCCAUCUCUCAUAUCACUCGCUUGCAGUUACUGGCGAUCAGCGUUGCCGAAAGCCUGCUAGCUCUGCCAGAGUCGAUAGGGCAGCUCUCAGCUCUCACAUCCCUCCAGCUUAACUGUCUCCUGAGCUUGACUGCUCUGCCCGAAUCAUUCGGGCAGCUGAAGAAGCUUCGGCUGGAGUCGUGCUCUUUGUCCGAUGUCGGGAUUUCGUGCCUUCCAGAUGACUUCUGGAAGCUCUCUGCUUUGAAGAAACUAACUCUACAGUCGCUGCCCGAACUCUGUAGCCUGCCCGAAACUUUUUCGCAGCUGCCUGGACUGGAGGAAUUGAGCCUGUUACGGUGCAUGCUGCUGGCCCGGUUACCCGCGGGCGUGCAGCAGAUGGGGAAGCUGCAGGCAUGCGUUGUCAGUGCGUGCCCGCUGCUGUCGGCAGGGAGGGUGGUGAUAAAGGGUAGAGCGAACCUGGAUGAGGGAGAGCGUGCGGUGUUUGGCCCGGAUGAUGUUGGGGAAGAGGACGAGGAGGAGGAAGAGGACGAGGGGGAGGAAGAGGACGAGGGGGAGGAAGAGGACGAGGGGGAGGAAGAGGACGAGGGGGAGGAAGAGGAGGAGGAUGAGGAUGGGGAGGAGGAACAGGAUGAGGGGGAGGAUGAGGAUGGGGAGGAGGAUGAGGAUGGGGAGGAGGAACAGGAUGAGGGGGAGGAUGAGGAGAAGGAGGAGGAAGAGGAUGAGGGGAAUGAAGGGGAGGGGAGAGAAGGGGAAGGGAGUGAAGGGUAG